AUGGCCAAACUGCCCUCAUCCACCAAUGGCGCAUUAAUACUGGAAGAACCAUUGAUUAGGACACCAUAUGAGCUGUUGAGAAGAUCACAUCGUUCAGCUCAGAGACAGGUUGAAAAAGAUUUCAAUGCUGUUUCAGUCGCACUUCAAAGUAUAGUCAAAUCGCUCAACGCAGCUUCAUCUACUGAAGAAGGACGUCAGAGCUUGGUCAAUAAGCUGGAUCAGGCUGGAGAGAGAACAAAAGGACUGAAGAGGAAGCUCGAUGAUAUUCAACCUAAUUCUAGGGAACCUACACCGCUACGAUCUCGACUAGAUUACCUCAAUUCUCUUACUCCUGCUCCUACUCCUCCUGCUCUUGGCAAGGUCGAAAACAAGGAGAAUGGAGUAGCUAAACCGUCCAAUGGGGAUGGCGAAGUCAAGAUGGAGAUUGAUGGGGAAGCCAAGACAGAUGAAGAAGCUACGACUGCAGAACCAGAACCGAAACAGCAACCUCUUUUAACGUUCGACGCAACACUUGAUCGUUAUAUCGUUGAUUACUUACUACGCACCGGUCGAUUGAAGACUGCCGAAGCUUUAGCUAAAAAGCAGAGUAUCGAGGCACUAGUGGAUAUCAAGCUGUUCACUGAAUUAAGCAAAAUUGAAAAUGCGCUCAUUGAAAAAAAAUCAUGUACGGAAGCGUUGGCUUGGUGUGGUGAGAAUAGAGGAACGUUGAAAAAGACAAAAAACAAUCUCGAAUUUACCCUUCGUCUACAGGAAUUUAUUGAGCUUUGCCGAAAGAGAGAUAUUGUCUCUGCCAUUGCAUACUCCCGUAAGAACCUCGCUCCAUGGGCUGCGACUCACAUGGCCGAGAUACAGCAGGGUAUGACGUUGAUGAGCUUCGGUGAGAGGACUGGCGUGGAGAUCUACAAGAAGCUAUACGAUCCCUCACGCUGGCAAACCGUCCGAGACUCAUUCCGCUCCACUUUCCUCACACUGUACGCCCAACCCUCUCAGCCAAUCUUAUCACUGGCCUUAUCAGCUGGACUGUCUUCCCUUCGUUUACCAAGUUGCGUACAUCAUAUCUCACCUUCAUCGAAGGUCGAUAUCAAAUCUCCUAAUUUACCACAAUCACAUAUACCAUUACUGCCCGCUGCUCCACCGUUACAUAAUCUGGAAUCACUACUAGUUUCGGAGCAUCUCACGGCGCCUUUGGGAGGUGAUCAUUGCGAUUCGCCCAAGGAAGAUUUACAUGAACAUCCAGAUAAACCGGUCGGUAAUAUAGAUUGUCCAACAUGUGAUGAAAAUCUUAAAGUUCUAAGUAAGGAAUUACCGAUGUCGCAUCAUGUCAAUUCGACGAUUGUCUGUAGGAUUAGUGGGAAAGUCAUGGACAGUCAGAAUGAACCGAUGGCUUUUCCUAAUGGGUAUGUGUAUAGUAGUAAGGCCCUCAGAGAAAUGGCAGAUGCCAACUUUGGAGUGGUCACUUGUCCACGUACGAGGGAUUCAUGCUCGUUUGAGAGGUUGAGAAAGGUGUAUAUCUCGUAG